GAAUUAGCCCAAAUCGAUCGGUUGCUGUUGAACUCUGUCUCCUUCGAUUAUAACCCCUUUUCUCAAUCGAAAGACUUGUAACACGCUCGUCGGAGCUAAAGUAAACGGCAUCGUUUUUUAAAAUCGCUUCGGACGACGAGAUGGCGUAUUAAUAGUCUUCAUAUUUUCUCCUUCCCUGGAAUGGCUAAGCUAAAACCUUGAGGUUUUUCAUAGGGAGAAAUUACUUCAGUAGUUGCAGAUAGCAGAAAAGAGAAGAGAAGAAUGGGAACUUCUGUACAGGUAACACCACUAUGUGGUGUGUACAACGAGAAUCCAUUAUCCUAUUUAGUCUCCAUUGACAGCUUCAAUUUCUUAAUCGAUUGCGGCUGGAACGACCAUUUCGAUCCCUCUCUUCUUGAACCUCUCUCCAGGGUAGCUUCGACGAUAGAUGCAGUGUUAUUGUCGCAUUCCGAUACACUUCAUUUAGGAGCAUUGCCUUAUGCUAUGAAACAGCUUGGCCUUUCGGCUCCGGUUUAUUCCACGGAGCCAGUUUUUAGAUUAGGUCUUUUAACUAUGUACGAUCAGUAUCUCUCUCGUAAGGCAGUUUCGGAAUUUGAUUUGUUUACUCUUGAUGAUAUAGAUUCAGCUUUCCAGAAUGUUACCAGACUUACUUACUCUCAGAAUCAUCAUCUUUCUGGGAAAGGAGAGGGGAUUGUGAUUGCUCCUUAUGUUGCUGGGCAUCUCUUAGGAGGUACUGUUUGGAAGAUAACGAAGGAUGGUGAGGAUGUUGUAUAUGCUGUUGAUUUCAAUCAUCGUAGAGAAAGGCAUUUGAAUGGAACUAUUCUGGAGUCUUUUGUCCGGCCGGCUGUUCUUAUAACUGAUGCCUACAAUGCUUUGAGCAAUCAGCCUCCUAGACAGCAAAGAGACAAAGAAUUUCUAGAGAAAACUAUUUUAAAGACUUUAGAAGGGGGUGGCAAUGUAUUACUACCUGUUGAUACUGCUGGACGUGUGUUAGAGCUUCUCUUAAUAUUAGAACAGUUCUGGGCACAAUGUCUCUUGAACUACCCCAUAUUCUUCCUCACAUAUGUUUCAUCAAGUACUAUAGACUACAUCAAGAGUUUCUUAGAGUGGAUGAGUGAUUCAAUAGCAAAGUCUUUUGAAACAUCUCGUGACAAUGCUUUUCUGCUGAAGAACGUGACACUUCUAAUCAACAAGACUGAACUUGAUAAUGCUGCAAAUGGUCCAAAGGUUGUUCUGGCAUCCAUGGCCAGUUUGGAAGCAGGUUUUUCGCACGAUAUAUUUGUUGAAUGGGCAGCAGAUGUCAAGAACCUAGUGCUUUUCACAGAAAGAGGCCAAUUUGGGACAUUAGCACGCAUGCUUCAGGCUGAUCCACCUCCGAAAGCUGUUAAAGUUACAAUGUCGAGGAGGGUUCCUUUGGUUGGGGAUGAGCUAAUUGCUUAUGAAGAAGAGCAAAAGCGUCUGAAAAAGGAAGAGGAACUGAAAGCUAGCAUGAUCAAAGAGGAAGAAUCCAAAGCAUCUCAUGGGCCUGAUAGCAAUUUAAGUGAUCCCAUGGUUAUAGAUGCUGGCAAUACUCAUGUUUCACUAGAUGCAGUAGGUUCACAUGGGACAGGAUACCGGGACAUAUUAAUUGAUGGAUUUGUUCCUCCAUCCACUAGUGUUGCACCCAUGUUUCCAUUCUACGAAAAUACCACUGAAUGGGAUGAUUUUGGUGAAGUCAUAAAUCCUGAUGAUUAUGUAAUUAAAGAUGAUGACAUGGACCAGGCAGCUAUGCAGGUGGGAGGAGAUAUUGAUGGAAAACUUGAUGAAGGAGCUGCUAGUUUGAUAUUGGACACAAAGCCUUCAAAAGUUGUCUCCAAUGAAUUGACUGUGCAAGUGAAGUGUUCACUGAUUUAUAUGGACUACGAGGGUCGUUCUGAUGGACGCUCAAUUAAAUCGAUUCUUGCCCAUGUGGCUCCUCUGAAUCUUGUUUUGGUACAUGGAUCAGCCGAGGCCACCGAACAUCUGAAGCAGCACUGCUUAAAACAUGUCUGCCCUCAUGUUUAUGCUCCCCAAAUUGAAGAGACGAUUGAUGUCACCUCUGAUUUGUGUGCUUAUAAGGUGCAACUUUCUGAGAAGCUGAUGAGCAAUGUGCUCUUCAAAAAGUUGGGAGAUUAUGAAAUAGCUUGGGUUGAUGCUGAAGUAGGGAAAACAGAGAAUGAGAUGUUGUCUUUACUACCCAUCUCAACCUCACCUCCCCCACAUAAAUCUGUCCUUGUUGGUGAUCUGAAAAUGGCUGAUUUCAAACAGUUCCUUGCUAGCAAGGGUGUCCAGGUCGAAUUUGCUGGAGGAGCAUAUUGCCCGCUGUGGAGAGUAAUCGCUAACCCUUCGCAAAUUGGGAAUGUAAGCCAGAAGGGUGGUGGUUCUGGCACUCAGCAAAUCGUCAUUGAAGGACCCUUGUGCGAAGAUUAUUAUAAGAUUCGAGAGUAUCUGUAUUCUCAAUUUUAUUUGCUUUAAUUGAGAUAUGUUCUCUGUAGACGGAUUUCAUCUAUUCUCAAUUUUAUACAUAUAUGUUUUUUUAUGUUUUGAAAAAAAGGUAUGGUAAAUGCGGUUUAAUUUUA